GUCCAUACACCUUAGUCAAGUCAUUUUAAUCCACUUCUUCAUUCUAUUCAUCUGUUACAGAAAGGCAAUAUUUACUUACAUAACUCAGGAGUGCUGUGAGUGAUAAUUAAUGCUUAUAGGCAGUGGUAUGAUUGAAAUGAAGAUGUACUUCCAAAGCAUUAUUAAUUUUAUUAUCAUCAUUAUUACUCUACUGGGCUAUUGUAAAUUACUGAAAGAGCCAAUUACCAUGGAUUUUCCCGAGAUGACUUUGUAACGUAUUAAAAGGAGAAUGUUACACUGCAGAAAACUACAAUGAAGUUGUAAAGCUGAGAUUACAUUCUACCCUGUAGAAUGGUAUCAUCCAUACUGGAAGCAAAAAAAGUCAAAAUAAUUUGUAAAUGCUGAUUAAAACAAAAAUGUACUAAUCUGUCCUUUACGUUGUGGAUACAGUGACUCCUCUACUGCUUGCUGAAAAGUUCCCACCUCCACCGCAAUGACAUUUAACUCGUAUGCCAGAAAUGUUUGUAAUUUCAGAAAAAAGGUCAUGGUCAAUGAUUAUAAGCAACUGGGUUUCUGAAGUUUAAUGAGGACCCACUUACCAAGUGAGCUGCUGAAUAUGACAGUGAGGAAGCUCCCACCGCUGAGAACACAAGCACAGGUCAGCUCCUGUGGUCCAGCUGGCAAUGAAACUUGUGAAGCGGUGGCUACCCCAUGGCUGCGACCAGGCGCUCGUGCCAGAGUGUGAUGAACUGCAGCACAGCUGGAUCAGGAGAUGCCUGGCAAUAAGGCUUCCAGCUAUGGGUUAUUAUCCUCUGUGUUAUAGGAUACCUUCCUCAGGUAAAGCAAUCUGCCUGCACCACCGUGCUCUGAAGUGUGCUGUGAAAUUGAAUCUAAUUAAAAACUGCACUAAUACCAUCAUUUGGGGAAAGGGCGUUUUUAAAAAACAGAUCAUUUAUAAAGCUGAUUUGGAAUAUGGCUAAACCUCAAGAUUGUCUCCAUGAAGACUUAAAACAGUUUUGUUAAUACUUACUUUAAGUGGUUAUUUGGAUUAAUAUUCUUGAAUUUCCCAUGAACACAAGCCAAUUUAUAUUGUGAAGAAAAUUCACUUAUUUCCACUGGCAGUAAGAAAUAAUUUCUUAUGCAUAAUUUCUGCCUCUUAUUUGAGUAGCUUCCUAGACAUUCCAAUUUAGGGAUGAGUUGAGAGUAAAAGAUUUCCCUAUUCUAAACUGAAAGAUUAAUUACAGAACAAAGACUGCAUAUGAAGGAAAAUGUUAUUCUUCAGCCUUUACUGACGCUGAGAGAAAGUAAUUAGUUAGGAGCCUAAUCAAAUCCCAAGUAGGGUUUGUAGGGAAGGUUAAACCACCUCAGCUCUUGCUGACACUUUGCUGUUCUGGGUGCUGGGAAGCUUUGAUUUAAUUGAAAUAAUCCAAGAACCUGACAAGACACUCUUCCUGUGACAGCAAUCUCCGAAUUAUCGGAAAGCACGGUCUAAAGAGACAAGAGGGCUCACGGCAGCUAACAAAGUUGUCCUAUAAAGCUGCAAGCAUAGCAGUGUCAUGCAGGACAAAAUGGAGGUGUGGACUCAUUGAAUUGAUGACACUCAUAAAGAGCACAACCAACACAAGGACUGGGUUUUUUGGACUUCCUUACAGGACUGCUUUGCUGGGAUAUGAAGCCAAUCCCAAUGACGCUGUGAACAUUUCAAUGUCUUGUUGCUGUUGUUGAGUUACUGACCAAUGUGUUGAUGUUAAAAAACCCUUCUGCAGGACCAGGAUGGUUGUACUUAAAGGUUGCAUGGUGGACUUCAUUGUAUCAUGCCUGUUCACCCAUUUUGAGUCAGGCUGGAUGUUGGGAAGAUGUUACUUUUAGGACGGUUGCACACAGGAACAGGCUUCCUGAAGAGUUGGUUGAUGCCCCGUGCCUGUCAGUGCUCAAAAGGCAUUUGGUUAAUGCCCCCAACAAUACACUUUAACAUUUGUUUAGCCCAGAAGUGGUCAUGCAGUUGGACUUCAUGAUCACUGUCUGGCCCUUUCAACUCAACUACGAGAUUCUAUUCUGUUUUGUUGUUUUACUCAGCCUUUGUUCAAGCUCUGGGACAAGCCCACCCUUCGAAGCCUCUAACCCUUGUGUGCAGAACCUCGCUCUUGCAGCACACGGCACAGAGGUUGCGUGAGGCCCACCAGACCCCGCCACCACCGCUGGCCAACCAGCAGGGCAGCCCAGCCUCCGAGCACGAAGCUGCCGGGAACAGUCCCCUGAGGGAAGCAAGAGGCCGCCAACUGGGCACAUGGCGGCACAUGGUGGCACAUGGCGGCACAUGGCGGCAUGAGGAACCCGCCCGUGCCCCGGGGCUGUCCCUCAGGGAACACACAGUCCCGGGGGACCGCCACCACCCCCGGGCGGGUUCUGCCCUCGGGGGUGAAGCCCCCCCGCACGCCUCCAGCUCGGUCCCCCCGCGGGGAAGCCGCCGACCUCCCCGAGGGCCGCCUGCAGCGGGCGGAGGGCGGCGUUUCGGCCCGCCGCGACGCGUUUCAAACGGGCCAACCGCCGGGCGCGGAGGGAGGGCGGGCCGGAGCGCAGUCCCCGCCUGGGACUUUAAAGCGCCAUUUUGUGCCGGGCGGCCGCGAUCGAUCGUCGCUCCCACCCGGCGAGCGGGCGACGGCGGAGCGGCGGGCGCCCGGCGGCGGCUGGCUGAGUGGCGCCCGUCCUCUUCCCUUCUCCGCGCCUCCUUUUCGCCCCCCUUUCCUUGCCCCUCCGCCUCCAUGACCCGCAGUAGGAAGCAGGCGGCGCUGGAGAGAGGAGCCGGGAGGAUGAACCAAGAAGCGGGGAGCGCCGCAGAGGGGGCCCGGGCGGCGGAGGAGGAGGCGGCGGCGGAGGCAGCGGGGGCAGCAGCAGCAGCAGCAGCAGGAGCCGAUGGCGGAGCGGCGGCGGCCGCUUGGGGGCCGCAAGGGGAGGCGGAGAAAGUUGUGUACUCGCGGUCGCAGGUUUCCUUCGCCGGCACCAAGGCGCUGAGCGACGCCCUCAAGCUCUUCAUGCCCAAGUCCACGGAGUUCAUGAGCUCCGACUCGGAGCUGUGGAACUUCCUCUGCAGCCUCAAGCACGAGUUCUCCCCGGUCAUCCUCCGCAGCAAGGACGUCUACGGCUACGCCUCCUGCCGCGCCGUCGUCCCCGACCCGCCGCCGCCCUCCUCCGAGCGGCCCCGCCGCCGCCCCGGCAAGCGGCGCCUCCCGGCCUCUGCCGCCGCCAAGCGCCGGGCCGUGGCCGCGGGUGGCAGCGCCAAGCGGCGGCGGCGGCGGCGGCGACGCAGGAGGGGACGGGGGUGGCAGCGUCAAGCGGCGGCGGCGGUGCCGGUGCCUCCGGGCGGGGAGGAGCAGGAGGAGGAGGAGGAGGAGGACAACAAGCGGGGCACCCCGGCGGAGGGGCCCGCUUGGGCGCCCUUCGGCGGCAAGUCGCUGGAGGAGAUCUGGCAGGCGGCCACCCCCCGCCUCACCACCUUCCCCAGCAUCCGGGUGCGGGGCAGCGUGUGGAGCCGGCGGAGCCUGGCGGCGGCGCUGCGCCGGGCGCAGGGGAUCCUCGGCGUGGACCUGGCCCCCGUGGUGCGGGUGCGCCGCCUGCCCGUGGCGCCGUCGUGAGGCCGCGGCCGCCGCCCGGCUCUGCCCGCCGCCUCCGCUCCGCCGCGGCGCGGACAAAGGGACCGAUAUCAGUCACCUGUUUACAUUGCUUUCGUCUGGAUCAUGUUCUUCUGCUGCACUUUACGGCUCGCUCGGACUCGGGACGGGGCGCCGGGACCCCCACCACGGACCCCUCCCCCGGCCGCACCGGGGGCAGCCUGCAGGGCCCCGGCCUCGUCCCCGCGGGGGGCGCCGGGGACCGGCUGCAGGCACCGCGCGUGGGGACCAAGUUCCGCUUCCACUUCUCCCCCUUCGGGCUACCUCACUGGUCCAGAAGUCCACC